GCCACGACUCCGGGGGUGGGGAAACAGAGCGUCGGCUUCCUGCCCGCAGAAGCCCUCGCGGCUCCUUCUCAAGACUCUGCGAAGGGGAAAGGGGUGUGAGACCCAACCAGACCCGCAACUCCCGGCUCCCAAGCCGAGGUGGCUGCGCGACACUCCACGUUCGGGGGGUCCAUUGGUUUCGGGGUCUCUCUCCUCUCUUCCCUUUCUCCUCUCUCCCUUCCCUGUCUCUCUCAUCCUCUCCCCCAAACAUGUCCACCGGCUCCCUCAGCGAUGUGGAGGACCUUCAAGAGGUGGAGAUGCUGGACUGCGACGGGCUGAAAAUGGACUCGAACAAGGAGUUUGUGACUUCCAACGAGAGCACCGAGGAGAGCUCCAACUGCGAGACCGGCUCUCCCCAGAAGGGCCGCGGCGGCCUGGGCAAGAGGAGGAAGGCUCCCACCAAGAAGAGCCCCUUGAGCGGGGUCAGCCAGGAAGGGAAGCAGGUCCAGCGCAAUGCGGCCAACGCGCGCGAGCGGGCCCGGAUGCGGGUGCUGAGCAAGGCCUUCUCCAGGCUCAAGACCACGCUGCCCUGGGUGCCCCCGGACACCAAGCUCUCCAAGCUGGACACGCUUAGGCUGGCGUCCAGCUACAUCGCCCACUUGAGGCAGAUCCUGGCCAACGACAAGUACGAGAACGGUUAUAUUCACCCGGUCAACCUGACGUGGCCCUUUAUGGUGGCCGGGAAACCCGAGAGUGACCUGAAAGAAGUGGUGACCGCAAGCCGCUUAUGUGGAACCACGGCGUCCUGACCUUGGAGGUGCGAGUCUGGGAAAGGCGCGCUCCCGGGGUGGGGGAGCGGG